UACUAGACCCCAGAGCUGAUGCCUGGACUAGCCUGUCCCAGUUUCAGUCUACUGGUUCUUGGCGGCGGUGUGCCGGCUCAAUAUUGCUCUGAAAGUGGGCGAGCCUGUUGCCCAGAGAAGGAGGAAAGCAGUAGAAACUGACCCCAAUCUGAGACAGCAAGCUCUUCUGAUUUACCUGUUCAGCAAGUUGUCCAUCUAUGUUCAAGAAAUAAUUAGGUGACAGUUGAGAAAAGACGGUGAAGAUAGAUGGCCUAAAGAAGUUAAAAGGAUGGGUCUUUAGGGCUAUUGGCACAGCAAAUUUCAAGGCAAAGAAAGAAAGGCUGCCUCUGAUCUCUGCAGGAAGAAGAAACAGGAAAAAGAUCCAACAUGGAAAAUAUCUCCCAGGAAAACAAAGUCGGGGAGCAGGCCUCAGUGCAGAAUGAAGAUGAAGUUUGCCCUUUAAGAGGCGGUGAAGGCCAGGAGCCUGUAGGAAAUAUUACAGGGGGUUGGGCUCCACCGGUUCAGGAUUUUGGAGGGGAUGUGCCUAACAGGCUUGUCAAUAACAUUGACAUGAUAGAUGGAGACGCAGAUGAUAUGGAACGGUUCAUGGAAGAGAUGAGAGAGCUAAGGAGGAAAAUUAGGGAGCUUCAGUUGAGGUACAGUUUGCGCAUUCUUAUAGGGGAUCCUCCUCACCAUGAUCAUCAUGAUGAGUUUUGCCUUAUGCCUUGAAUCUUGAGGUUAAUAAUCAUAAACCCCUGCUUUCUAAACUUGUAUUUUUGGUGCAAACUUAGUGUGAAUGUUUUGGAGUUCUGCUAUUUCCUGAUUGGGGAUUUCAUCUUGACCUUGUCAUUAUGUUUUUAUGUCAACAGGAGAAUUCUAUCAACUUGCAUGGAAAGAUGUUUAUUACAUACCACCAUAAAGUUAAUAAAGCAUU